CACCCCGGAUCGGUUGCAGUGCUUGUGACUUUGGUGGUGCCUCGAAGCUCCCGAUCCAGUGAAGUGAUAAAGUAUACAAUCCCGAAAAAUAAUGGCCACACUAAUCGUAUCUACGGCCAACGGGCCGGUUCAGGGAACCAACAAAACUUCCCUGUACGGAGUGGGCUAUGCGAGCUUCCAGGGUAUUCCAUACGCAAAGCCACCGGUUGGAGCGCUACGAUUUACGGAUCCGGUUCCUCCAGAAAACUGGACCGACGUUUUGGACUGUACUAAACAAUGUGACCCCUGCUAUCACUUUGAUCGCCGGGUCAACAAAAUCGUCGGCAGCGAGGAUAGUUUGAGGCUGAAUAUAUUCACGAAAACAAUUAAACCCUCUAAACCGCUACCCGUGAUGGUUUACCUCUAUGGCGGAGGAUUCGUGGAAGGCACGAGCGGAACCGAACUAUACGGUCCGGAUUAUCUGAUUGAAAAGGACAUCGUGCUGGUUACGCUCAAUUACCGCGUUGGUGCGCUGGGCUUCCUGUGCUGCCAAUCUCGCGAUGCCGGUGUGCCGGGAAAUGCCGGUCUGAAAGAUCAACGUUUGGCGCUGAAGUGGGUUUCGGAAAACAUUGUCCCCUUCGGUGGUGACCCGGCCAAUGUCACGCUAUUCGGUCACAGUGCCGGUGGGGCAUCGGUUCAGUACCACACGAUAUCGGAAGCGUCGAAGAAUCUCUUUCAACGUGCCAUCAUCAUGUCGGGCAGUACGAUGUGCGACUGGUCUGUCACACCGCAGCGUAGUUGGCCUGAAAAACUGGCCAAAGCCCUCGGGUGGCAAGGUGACGGUGAGGACGACGCCCUGCAAUUUCUUCGCCAAGCAUCACCGGAGGAUAUUGUGGCUCAUCAAGAAAACAUUCACGGCCCGCAGGAAGUGCAAGAAGGCCUUCUCGGGGCAUUCGCUCCAACGAUCGAGCCGUACGAGAGUGAAACGACCUUCAUACCAAAAUCUCCACUCGAAAUGUCCCGCAGCGCCUGGAGUAAUGCGAUCAAUGUGAUGAUCGGAGGUACCUCGGAAGAGGGCUUGAUAUUGCUACAAAAAGUGAAGCCUAAGCUUGCCGCCGUACUGGAGAAUCCGAAUUUGUUCGUCGGUAACGUGCCGCACCAACUCAGCGUGUCCGUCGAGCAGAGAGUGGCCUUCGGAGCGCAGCUUAAGCAACUUUACUACCCCAACAGCGUUCCGUCCCCGGACAAUUUGGGUGGUUUCAUUGACAUGGCUACCGAUCGAAUUUUUUGGCACGGUCUGCAUCGCUCCAUUUUAUCCCGUGCGAACCUCGCUAGCGCAAAGACGUUCGUCUAUCGUGUUGCAGUCGAUUCCACCUUUUUCAACCAUUAUCGAAUCCACAUGGUUGAUUCAAACAUUCGUGGUACCUCGCACGCCGAUGAAUUGUCCUACCUAUUUUCGAACGUUUUCGCCACGGCACUGGACAAGGAAACAAUGGAGUAUCGUGUUAUUCGUGAGAUGGUCGAUAUAUUUACCAGUUUUGCCACAACGGGAGAUCCGAACUGCCCGAGUACGGCGAAGGUUUCUUGGAAGGCUGUACCAAAAACGAUUCCAUACGAGUGUUUCAAUAUCUCCAACGAGGGAGUGACUGUUGAGGAACUUCCCGAGCUGAAACGAUUGAAUGUGUGGGAUUCUUUCUACGCAAACGAUUCGUUAUUUUAAGAGCGAAGAAUAUUUACUAAUCGGGCAAAAUAAAGCGUUG